AGUUGUGUCCCUCUGUCUGUCUCUCUGACUCUGACCACACUUCUCUCUCUCUUCUCUCCUCCCUUUUCCCUCCCUAACUCUCUCUCUCUCUGACCUUUCCCUUCAUUUCCGAUCAUUACAAAAAUCCCUAUAUUGCUAUAUAUAUAUAUAUAUAUAUAUGUAUAAUAUCUAUACGAACAUACACAUAGGAAUUGUAUAAUGUAAUUGUUGAAAUACUUGUGACAACAAGUUCUUAUAUCUAUAUAUUUCUUUUUUUUUUCUUUCUUUCUUGGUUUUGAUCUUAUUCUUCCCCAUCUUCCAAGCUCUCGUUUUGCUUCUUCCUUCCUCAGGGUCAGUUGGUUGUUAAAAUGAGCCGACCAACUACACGUGGUAAAAAUAAAAGACACAAACAAGGCGAUAACGGUGACACCACUUCUGAAAUAUUGAGGAAAAUCCAUACAACCGGUGACAUAACCAAUGAUGAUAUUAAUAUGCUUUAUAAAAUCUGUAAGCCUGUUUGUCAAGGAUGCCGUGUGAAUACUAAAGAUAAUCCAAAUUGCUUUUGUGGGUUAACUCCACCUCCCAGUGGAAGCCGGAAAGCGGGCUUAUGGCAGAAAACAUCAGAUAUUAUACAAUCUCUUGGCCCAGAUCCAGGAAAGGAUCUUCGAGAUUCUGCUGACUCUCCUGCAGGUCUUACAAAUUUAGGUGCAACAUGCUAUGCAAAUAGCAUACUCCAGUUAUUGUACAUGAAUAAAUCUUUUCGUGGAGGUAUCUUUUCUGUUGAACCAGAUCUUUUGAAACAGCAGCCAGUUUUGGAUCAGCUUGCUCGCCUUUUUGCACAGUUGCAUGCUAGUAAAAUGGCUUUUAUAGACUCAUCUCCUUUUGUAAAAACCCUGGAGCUAGAUAAUGGAGUUCAACAGGAUAGCCAUGAGUUUUUGACAUUGCUUCUUUCUUUGCUUGAGCAUUGCCUGAGCCAUUCUAAAGUUUCAAAGGCAAGGACUAUUGUCCAAGAUCUUUUCCGUGGAAGUGUGUCUAAUGUGACGACGUGCUCUCGAUGUGGAAAAGAUUCUGAAGCUUCUUCAAACAUGGAAGACUUUUAUGAGCUGGAGCUGAAUGUAAAGGGCUUGAAAAGUUUAGAUGAGAGUUUAGACGAUUAUCUUAGUGUGGAAGAGCUUCAUGGAGAUAAUCAAUAUUUCUGUGAGUCAUGUAAAACUAGAGUUGAUGCUACCAGGAGCAUCAAGCUUCGCACAUUGCCACCUGUACUUAAUUUUCAGCUCAAGCGUUGUGUGUUCCUUCCAAAGACUACUACAAAGAAGAAAAUUACUUCUGCAUUUUGUUUCCCUGGAGAACUAGAUAUGAGGAGGAGAUUGUCUGAGCCUUCUCAAGUUGAAUCAAUCUAUGACUUGUCAGCUGUUCUGAUUCACAAGGGAACUGCUGUGAAUAGUGGCCAUUACAUAGCUCAUAUUAAGGAUGAGAAUACAGGGCAGUGGUGGGAAUUUGACGAUGAGCAUGUUUCAAACUUAGGUUUUCAGCCAUUUGGAGAAGGGUCUUCAAGUCCAACUUCAAAACCUGAUAGACCUGAGUCAAAUAUUAUCCCAUCAUGCAUAGAAGCAAUUGGUGUUGUUGCCAAUGGAGAUCAUACAGAUGCUGUUCAGCAACACCUUUCAGAACCUAGUACCUGUAGCCAUGUAGAGAUAUUUUCUUCCAGUGAUGCAUAUAUGUUGAUGUAUCAUAUCAGAGGUUCCAGAAAAGAUGAUGCCAAAGGAAAUUUAGUAUGUGUUAAUAAGAAAAUAGAAGGUGAUGUGGUUUCCUUACAUGAUGUUUCUCUACCUUCUCAUCUUGAAGAAGAGUUGAAAAAUUUUAAUGAAUCGUAUGUUGAUGCUUGCCAAAAAUACACAUUGAAGAAAGAAAUGGAGUUGAAACGUAUCACAGAAAGAAGACAGGAAGUACGAUCAGUUUUGUCUGAAGCUCCUGUUCGAUCACUUGAAGAUCCUUUUUAUUGGAUUUUGGCAGAUUGGCUUCGUCAGUGGGCUGACAAUGUUACUCCACCUGUUCUUGACAACACUUCCAUCCAAUGCCCGCAUGGAAAAGUACCAGUGUCAAAGGUUACCUCCAUGAAACGGUUGUCAGCUAAAGCUUGGACUAUGUUAUUCUCUAAGUAUAAUGGGGGUCCGGAACUUUCCAAUAGUGACUACUGUGUAGAUUGCCUUAUCGAUGGAGCCCGCAAUUUGGUCUCUGCUGAUAGCUAUAGGGAUCGCAGAACAGUAAUGAAACAAGUUGCUGAAGAUGCACUUGCAGGGAGGUCUCAAGAUGGGACCUAUAAUGUUUCUAAGGCAUGGUUGCAACAGUGGCUUAAAAGAAAAAUACUUGAUGCCCCAACUGAAGCUGAUGCUGGGCCAACAGCUUCAAUUAGGUGUCCUCAUGGUGAACUUAUGCCUGAGCAAGCUGUGGGAGCUAAGCGGUUGCUUGUUCCUGAGGCUCUGUGGCUCUUCCUUUAUGAAGAUGCUUUUGCUGUAAAACCCGAUGAUGAUUUGGGUUGUUCAACUUUUCCUUCAGACUCUAGACAAUGUUCCCUAUGUAGCGAUGAACUCUCUGAAGUGGCAUGCAUGGAGGAUUCUCUAAGAAUGGUCAGGCUCAAACAGCGCCAGAAUCAUGAGAAAUUAGCUACUGGAAAGAGUUAUCCGCUUUUUCGAGAUUGCAAAUAUUACUUGGUACCUACUUCCUGGAUUUUAAAGUGGAGAAACUAUAUUAAUGCAACUGCCAAGAAUGUUUCAUCAUCGGUGAAACCCGAAAUGUUGGAUAGCAUCAUUGGUUCACUGAAGUGUGAAAAGUUGUAUGUUGAGUUUUGGGAAGUUAGCACUGGUGUUCAUUCACGACUGUUAGAAAGGCCUCCUGAUCUGGUUUGCAAACGUGGUUCCAUUUUCCAAAAGUCUUCUACUACAGAUGGGUUGACAAUUAUUACUGAGUUUGAUUGGAAAUGCUUCUGUGAAGAAUGGGAUGGUGUCGAGGAUAAAGGCAUAUCUGCUGAGAUUGAGUUUAGUAAUACUGGAGGAAGUAAUUUUGUUGGAUCCUCUGAAGACAUACCAAUUUCUGAGGAGGAUAUGGGUGCUCUUGAUGAAGUUAAUAAUGAAGCUGAGUCUAGACAACUUCACAUUAGGACUUGUCCAGAGGUGUGUGAAGAUUGCAUUGGGGAACGAAAAAGCUUGGAGCUAAUGCAGAAACUGAAUUAUUGUAAUGAGGACAUAUAUGUAUAUUUUGUACGUGGAAAGGAAGCUCCAAAAUCAGUUUUAGAAGCAUCUGAGACCACGUUUGAUCCAGAUCGUCGAGUUUCGAAACGUUCUCGGAAGACCAAUUCUGGAAAUCAAAUGAGUCUAAAAGUUUCUGGUUCCACCUCAAUAUACCAGUUAAAGAUGAUGAUUUGGGAAUCCUUUGGGAUUGUUAAGGAAAAUCAGAUACUUCACAAAGGUACCCGGAUAAUCGAUAAAGAAUGUGCUACUCUUGCAGACAUGAAUAUAUUCCCUGGAGAUACGCUUUGGGUGGUUGAUUCUGAAAUCCAUGAGAAUCGAGAUAUUGCUGAUGAGAUUUCUGACCAAAAGAUGGACAUACAACAUACCGAGGAAGGGUUUCGUGGAACACUUUUGACAGCGAAUAUGUCUUCUGAACCUGUUUAAGAAGCAUUUUUUCACUAAUUAAAAUCUGCUUCUAACAUCCAGGCUUAUGUAGAUAGUGUAUAAACUUCAGUCUUCAACUGCAUUGGCAACCUGUAUUUUGGAGGACACCAUGGAAAGAUUGCCUUUUAUGGGGAAGAAGGCAAGUCCAGUACCUGAUAGAUUGGCUCGUAGUUAUAUAAUUGUGUCUGCUGGUUUUGAAAAGACAGGCAGUCUUGAAAGAAAAAUUAACUGCCACUUACCUUCUUCCUGAUAGCUUAGUGGAAUAUGGUAGAACUGGUUGCUGCUGUAUCUAGUAUUUUGAGCACUCUUCAUUUUACAAGACUGGUUCAGUGUGUAAUGUAGACCAACCCCACGGAGGCAAAAUGCGAUUUUGUGACGUUUUGGAUUGCUAUGAUUAACUCAUAGAGAAAUGAGAUGCAUGUCUGUCCUGACAUGUCAAAACUUUUGUUUUUUUAUCCAACCAUUUCAGGUCAUGUUGCAGUUGAUGGGGGUGUUAUAGCUUACUCUUUUUUGUCUAACCAUGUUUUUGUAUCAGGGCAGUGGUAUGUUGUAGAUGUUUUUGAGAGUUCAAUAGGUGAUGCUUUGGCCUGAUGACUUGCGUGGUUAAUCAAUGUACAUUGUUACAUGUAUGAAAUUUUACAUCUCUCUCCCUCUUUCAUAUUUUA